AUGGCGUCCAAACUCAGCCCGCUGCUCCUCCGAGUGGCCGCCCGGUCGGCCCCCCGAGCUCCCCGAGCUGCCCGGCCUCACAUGCGCGCCUUCACGGCCGGACCUGCCAGGAGAAGUGAUACCCUGUCCGUGCACCGCGACACCCCCGACAACAACGAGAGCAUCCCCUUCAAGUUCACGCCUCAGAACGAGAAGAUCAUCGCCGAGAUCAUCAAGCGCUACCCCCCGCAGUACAAGAAGGCGGCCGUUAUGCCCGUGCUGGACCUUGGCCAGCGCCAGCACGGCUUCACCUCGAUCAGCGUCAUGAACGAGGUCGCCCGCAUCCUGGAGAUGCCCCCGAGCCGUGUCUACGAGGUCGCCUCCUUCUACACCAUGUACAACCGGACGCCCGUUGGCAAGUUCCACGUCCAGACCUGCACCACGACUCCCUGCCAACUCGGCGGCUGCGGCAGCGAUGCCAUCGUCAAGACGAUCAAGGAGGAACUGGGCAUCAAGCAGGGCGAGACAACGCCCGACGGCCUCUUCACCUUCAUCGAGGUCGAGUGCCUGGGCGCCUGCGUCAACGCCCCCAUGGUCCAGAUCAACGACGACUACUACGAGGACCUGACCCCCGAGACCACCAAGCAGCUGCUCUCGGCCCUCAAGGCCAACGCCAACGUCCCUGCCCCCGGCCCGCUGAGCGGCCGCCAGACGUGCGAGCACAGCGAAGGCCUGACCAACUUGACUAGCGAGCCGUGGGGAGUCGAGACCACGAGGUCUGACCUGUAA